AUGGAUACUGCAUGGCCUGCUGUCGAACCAGGGUUGCUCAGCUUUUUGCAACGGGUCUUUGUGUCUCCAUUGCGUUUGGACGCAGCAUUUGAUGGAGAUGCCGACUGUGAAGAGAUGCUGAUUGAGGCAUUCCCUCAUUUGAUAGAUGAGGAAAGGCGCAACACUACUGCAAUUUUGCUGCAGUGGAAGGCGGAAGUCAGCAGGCCAUUGAAGCGGGUGAGAAAGGAAAUGGUUUCAUCUACAAUGCAUGUGCUCCCCCUGCCAGAUGUUUUGAAUGUGCAGGAUGAAUAUCAACGCAUCACGAAAACAAGUGUUCAUUGCAUUUUGGAGAUGCAUUCGAAGCGGAAGCAGAAGAAAUAUAGAGAAGAUGCACCUGAUGUUCGGUCCAAGAAGUUUGAAUCGGAGAGGAGGAAGUAUUCCUUGCUUUUGGCUCAGGUGAUGAUCAGUGCACAGCUGCCGAUUGUGGCCCUCAUUCAGACUCUGGACGACGCCAGUUCUGCCUGGGUUCAUAUCUUUGCUGCAAGGAGGGCCAACACCUUGAAAUCUAGGUAUAAGGUCUGGAAGCCAUUUGAGAAGUGGCUGGAGAUGCAUCGGGGCUACCUUUUUCCCCAGUCCGUAAAGGAUGCCAUCGAUUACAUGCAGCACAGGGUCGACAACGGUUGUGGAAGGACAGUUCCAGAGUCAUUGAGCAUCACUCUGGGUAUGUUGGAGCGACUUGGGCGGGUGCCAGACUCUGCAAAGAUUUCUGAUGAUCCAUUGUGGAAGGGACACAUCAAAUCAUGGACUGCAGAGCUCAGUGAGGACUCACCGCCGAGAAAACCGGCAGAGAUGUUCACGGUGGCGAUGGUGAUUGCAUUGGAGCUCUUGGUUGUAGAGGAAGGUGCAACAAUCUUUUCCAGGGCAUUGGCAUGGAUGGUCCUCGUGAUGAUUUGGGGCGCCAUGAGAUGCGACGAUGUCCAGGCGAUCAUUCCCAGGCGCUCCUUCCUUUCGAAUUUUGGGUUGAAGCUGAUUUUGGGAAAGUCGAAGACGACUGGUCCAGAUAAGGUGCAAAAAGAAGUGGCGGUGCAUAUUUUUCGCACCAUUUCUCUGACGGGAGAGGAUUGGUUGAGGUCUGGUUUCAACAUCUGGGAGUCAGAUGAAUUCAGUUUUCCCAGGGACUACAUGGUGAUGGAGCCCAGCAAGGAUUGGACGAAGGUGAGACGCAAAUUUGUCGCACCGUCAGCUCUCAGUUCUUUGAUUGCGAAGUCGCUGGUCGAGGGACUUGAAGAAGUCUACUAUGAAGAUGAACCCAUUCAAAGGUUGUGCGAUGCAGCUGAGAAAGCUGGGGCGAACCCCAAUCGCAUCAAGAAGAGACACUCGGUGCUUUCUGAUUGGGGUGGCAGACAGUCACUCGGAGGUAUCUACCCCACGUUGACCAUUCUCGAUGGGGAUUGGGAUGACGGAGAAGGCGAUGACAUGGCCUUGGCUGCCAAGGUUGCCGACAUGUCCCACAGGGAGGCAGCCGACGAAGUUCAUACUGCAAAGUACUUCAUCACGGUCUCUCGAAGAACGUGCUUGAGGCGUUUGCACCUCAGUGGAUGUUUUGUCAAGCCUGACAGGUGUUGCGAAGUGUCAUACCUAGACCAAGUGACUGCUGAUGAUUUUGAUUCAGUGUGCCAAGCUUGCAAGAAGAAAAUGGUUGCAGAGUGUGGUCGUGAGAAUGGGGACCAGUCCUCGUCGACGGCAUCAUCAACGUCCACGGCCUCAGAGAAAGACGGGGAUGAAGACUUUGCAAUCGUGGCCGACACCCCAGAGCGUAGAUCACAGAUUGCUUCAAUUGUAGCUGCAUGGGAAACGGCAAAGGAGUACAUGUCAAAAGAAGUUGAACUCAAAGCAGAAGCCAAAGUGUUAGGGCAGCCACGUGUUCUUCAGAUCCAUGAGAGGCAGGCUAUGCUACGUGCUGUGGAGGCGAUUCAUGGAGUCCUAGGAGAUUCAGAAUGUCCUUCACCGGACUACCUUGCGAUCAAGGCAGAGGAAACAGAAUGCAACGAACCCACAGCUGCACCCCUUGAUGAGAUUUUGAGUAAGCAGUCUUCAAGCAAUUCAGUUAUUCAGUCGGCUGUUGACAACACUGGACACAUCCGAGUGACCAGGACGAAAGCCAAGGCAAAGAUGCCAGCGACAACGGAAGAGUACAGGAAAACCAUGAAGGUCGAGGCCUUUACUUGGUUGUGCAUGGCUUCGCGUUACAAGGCCAAACACUGGUUGCAUGGGUUGACAAUGGAGCCUUUCUUGAAGUUCACUGAGUACAUUUUGGGGGAUCGGGUAUUUGGUAUUCAGAUCCCUGCAGCAUCUGGAGAAGCUUCGCAACAGAAGGUUCGGCCAGAAUGGUCGAUAGUGCUUGCCUACGAACAGAGGCUCAGGAAGGAGGCCAUGAAAAAGGUCUUGGAAGGACACACAUUGAGUGAGUCAUUGCUUGCUGUCAUCAGGGAUCCCGACUUGAAGGAGGCGUACUUCACCACGCCAGUGGCACUCAGGUCAGCCUUGUCGGAGCCUCAACAACAACCUAACAAGUGGCCACGAUUCAACAGCAAAGGUGGCUUCAGUGGCAAACAGUCUUCAAGUUUUCCAAAAGGGAAAGGAAAGCACUCCAAGGGCAAAUCGAAAGGCAAGCCCAUUGACCAGCGGUUGAAAGGCCUUAGCCUUGCUUGGAGGACACCAGAUGGUCGCGAGCUCUGUUUCGCAUGGAAUGGUGGGGCUGAGAAACCCAUUUUGAAAGUGGUUUACCUUUUUGCUGGGAAGAAACGGCAUUCUGAUGUUGCGGCAUUCUUGAAGAAAGCUGAAACUGAAGGAGGCGUUCAAGUUGAGUUGCAUGAGUUUGACAUUGAGCGGUCCCCACAGCAUGAUUUGACAGUUAUUCCCUCAGAUUCGGAGGAAGAGCGAGGCAGUGCCUCUGGAGCUUUCCAGGCAGCAACAACAGGUGGCGUCCUCAACAGAGGGGCACGAGAAGGUUUGGACACUGCAGGACCCAGUGACCCAACUUCUAUGACCCGUGACUUUUUGGAGACUGACGCCAAUCUGGACGGACUGUUUGGAAAUGACUUGGCCGAAGAGUUCACAAAUCUGAGUGCAUGUGGUGACAGCGACAAGCCGGAUGUUCCCUGGCAGGAGCAACGAGAUGCCGAUCUUCAGAGCUCAGUGAAAUUUUGGGUUGCGCUUGCCAACAGGACAGGUUACAGGGAGGCUAUUGGAGACACAAGAGUGUGCUGCCGGGCUGCGCAGAAUCGUGAGAAGAAAGUGCUCGACAUCCAGGAUGAACCUCACGCCCUGGAAGAGUCGAGCUCUGAGAGUGUUGCAUUCUUCAAUCUUUGUUUAGUGACCAGAGAUGCUCAGGUAUUUGCCGGGCUUCAAAUUGCAGUCCAGAUGUCGGCCAUCAGGGGGAUACGCUUCGAAAGCACUGCACUGGUGAUUUCAACAAUACGUGAGAAAGAUACCAGCGAAGGUUCUGAGAAGGUUGACAUGGCAAAGAAGAUACCUUUGGCCGAGGAAAAGCAACGACGAGGAGAUCAACUGGCAAGGCUCGAUGGGAUCUCCAUGACAGGAGAGUUGGAUCCCAGUCAUGCUUCGCCUGAUUUAGCAAACCAGAUGCUCGAAAGUGGAGAAGUCAUGUGGCUUGCGCCGUCAAAGUGCAGCAAAAGGGAUGACGAAGUGCAGAUGGCCUUGAGGGACCCAAAGUCUUCAGUGCAGAUUGAAAAUUCGCAGCUCCGUGUUAGACCUAGCUUAGAAUCGGUUCAAGCUGAGUGGAACUCAGAACUCAAGUACCAGUGGUGCAUGAUGAGGAGGGGACUGGCAUUCGACCAGCGCCGUGUUCUGAGUUGGAGCGUGCGCCAACACUGGCCCAACUACAUGUUGAUUUGGUUGACACCACCUGUCAGCCAGGGCUUCCAGCAGUUCAAGCUCGAUCAAUUGGUUCGAGUUGAUAGAGUGCCAUGGACGCUUCUUGCACAAGAGGUCACCGGCAGUUUGAAGAUGGAUGGGAACGAGGUGUCGCUGGACGAACAUGUUACGUUGCUUUCCACAGACCCCAGGGAGGCGUUGCUUUUGCUCCCAAUGCCAUCAAAUCAACGAGUGGCUGAGGCUCCUGACAAGCCCGAACCUGCACUCAAUGCGCCUCCCGCUGGACCGGCAGCAAAAGGAUCUGGAAAGCGCAAGACGAGGGCAGGGAGAAUCUGCCCAAAGGUGAGGGUUUUCACAGUGGGGGAGCCGCCCAAUGGCGAGAACCCUUUUGAUUUCACCAAGUCGCCCGAGGUCAAACAUAUGAUCCAAGCGAAUUCCAUUGAUGGACCGGCCGCGGUGUCCAUGAAACGGGCGCGGUGGCCCGAAACGAGCCGCCACUUGGAAAGAAACCGUCGAGGAAGUGAGCAAAAUUGGUCUUGGUUCAACGAAGAAGAGGGCACCACCACUUGCAAGUUCAUUGGCAAACGCUUCGGGAUCAAACAGUCUAGCAGGGUAAGAGGCAUGGAUGAUUGCUCAUGUUGCGGUCCGAACUGGACGGUUGGUUUGCGCGAGAAGUUUCAAUUGCAGUCAAUCGACAUCCCUGCUUCAAUGGUUGCUGAGGCCUUCGAGUCCUCUCCCAAUGGAUGCCUUCCUUCGACCCUUGGAAGGUCUCCGGUGAAUGGCAUGGUGAAGCUGAUCGGCUUCACUGCACUCCCUUGUGGAACAGUGGGGAGUGUGGCGGGCUUCCUUAGGGUUGGCUUAGCAGUAUGGUUCAUAGGACUUGUGGCAUUGCAGGCAUGUUGGAAGGUUUUCUACGAUGGCUACAUCGUCCUUGGCGGGAGUGAAUUUUUUGGGCAACACUUCAUGGAGUGUCUAAACUCUUUACGGCUUGCCGAGCUUGACUUAUGCGAAGAAGGGAAGAAGUUUACGCCAUUCGAUGAGAAGUUUCACAUUGUUGGGACUGGGAACAGACUUGAGUUAUUGCUGCAGCGGAAAACCACCAUUGGUCACACUGACGACCGCCAGACUGAAUUGGUAACUGGGAUCAACGAUGUCCUGGUAGAAGGUUGGAUGAAUGCGGAGCGUCUGAGAGGGCGCAUGAUAUUUUUCAAAAGCUACGCCUUCGAUCGUCUGCCGAAAGCGGAGAUCAAGAAUGUUGGAAGAUUCUGUGUGGAAGUGGUUCCAACAGACAUCACCGAAGAGCUCUUCAAGUUGUCCUGCAAUCCCGUCCACGAAUUUGAGGUCCUCCCUGUCUUCAUAGCAUACGCUGGAGUGGUUGACGCGGGGCAGCCUUUUUAUUUACGGGCACUGGCACAGUGGUUGCAAGAGUUUGGGGAUCCAGAUGCGAAAUGGUUGGUGGACGAGAAGGGUUCUUUUGCAACUGGAGUUUGUUUGGGGGUGGAGCAGCCUCUGCCGAGGUCGCCUCAAGUUUGUCCCCCUAAGUUGAAGCACAGGCGCUUGGAUGAGACCGAGUUCAUGGCAGUGGCACAAAAUUAUCCUUCGGCCCAGAUUUCAACGAAGGAGCUUGAGCAGAAAUUUCGUGAGGAGGAGGAUUUGGGUCGCAUGCAUCCCUCCAAGAUGGGGGUGCUUCGUGAAGAAUUUGGUGACCGUCUUCGAGUUGCUUCAAUGGCGGCAAUACAGAAGCCAGACGGCAGUGUUCGUCCACUUCAUGACGCGACCCAUUCUGUGAUGGUCAACCAUGCCAUCCUGUACCAGGAUAAAAUCGAAUGCCCUGGUCCAGCUGAGAUCGCUGCCAUUGUCAGGGAGGCAACUGAGACAAGGGAGGUGGCAGGGACCCCAUUUGGAUACCACAAGUUCAAGGGUGGUUUUGCUUCAGAAUUUGUGGGGUUCCAGAUACGUUACGACUUGACGGAAGUUGGCAUUUCCACCAAGCGUGGCACCUGGAUCAUUGAUUGGAUCGACCGUGCAAUGGCCAACAGGUAUGUUGUUCAGGCCCGUGAUUUUUCAGAGUUCUUGGGGAGGCUUGGGUUCAUUGCACAACUGCUGGUGUGGCUUAAACCACAUCUUUCACCUCUCUUCUCAUGGGCUGCGGUGACAGCAGCGGGGACUGUUUGCAGACUUCCUGACACGGUCAUCCUGACGUUACAAUACAUUGCCAACGAGUUCAAGCGGGAAACAUUCUUGGUUUCAGCGCGCAGGCCUCAACAUUUCCGAGGGGAGCGCUUCAGAACAGACGCUAAGUGCACAACUGAGUUUGUGGUACUGGCUGGAUGGGAGAUUGGUACAAAAAGGUGGUUUUCUAUCAAGUUGGGUCCAACGGAAGUUCCGUACCUUUUCAAGCCUGGGAUUGGAGCGCAGUGGGCUUCAACAUCUGCGGAGUUGCUGGCAUCAUGGCUGGCGUUACAUAUGUUUGGCUGGCUUGGCGAGACGAGAGAGAGGAAAGCUUUGGAGAUCUCUCUAGUGGGAGGUACCGACAACAAAGCCAAUGAGUCAUUGACGAGCAAGAGGUCCACCACACGAUGGCCAUUGAUGGGGAUCAACAUGCAAUUAUCCUCAGCGCUGUCCAGGGCGCGGCUUAGCCUGGGGCUACGUUGGAGGCCGAGGGAUGAAAACACUGAAGCGGAUCAGCUCACCAAUGAAAAUUUUGAGGGUUUUGACGACAAGCUGCGUUUACAUGUUUGUUGGGACAGUUUGGACUUGCAAGUCUUGGAAGGCCUGAUGCACACGAGAGGGGUUUGA